ACUCCUAUAUUUUUCUCAUUUUUUGUUGUCCAAACACACAAAAGAAUAUUGAGAGUAUUCACUUCACCAAUAUUUUCUUGUUUCAAUGGAUUCUUUCUCAACUUCUUCACUUUCUCCUUAUUAUCAUCUCAUUUUCACUGCUUUAGCCUUUGCUCUUUCUAGUCUAAUCUUCUUGUUUUCCAAAAAAAACAAAUCAAAGAAACUGAAUUUACCUCCUGGACCACCUGGAUGGCCAAUUGUAGGUAAUCUUUUUCAAGUAGCACGUUCUGGAAAACCAUUUUUCCAAUACGUGAGAGAUCUCCGUCCAAAAUAUGGUUCCAUUUUUACCCUCAAAAUGGGUACAAGAACCAUGAUUAUUAUCUCCAGUGCCGAUUUGGUCCACGAGGCACUGGUCCAGAAGGGUCAGGUUUUCGCGAGCAGGCCUCGCGAAAACCCGACCAGGACCGUAUUCAGCUGCGACAAGUUCACCGUAAACGCAGCGGUUUACGGCCCCGUCUGGCGGUCCUUGAGAAAAAACAUGGUUCAAAACGGGCUGAGUUCAAUGAAGCUAAAAGAGUUUAGGAAUGUGAGGGUAACCGCUAUGGAUAAAAUGAUUGAAAAAGUUCAAGUGGAAGCUAAAGCAAAUAACGGUGUCGUUUGGGUUUUAAAAAAUGCUCGGUUUGCUGUUUUUUGUAUUCUUUUGGCAAUGUGUUUUGGUGUAGAAAUGGAUGAACAGACGAUUGAGACAAUUGAUGAAAUGAUGAAAACUGUGUUGAUUGUUCUUGAUCCAAGAUUAGAUGAUUAUCUUCCAAUUUUGAGUCCAUUUUUCUCCAAACAAAGAAAACGUGCCAUGAAUGUACGGAAACAACAGAUCGAGACCAUCGUACCAUUCAUUGAAAAACGUAGGAAAAUUCUCAGCAACCCAGAUUCUGAUAAAACAGCAGCUUCAUUCUCGUACCUUGACACACUUUUCGAUCUCAAAGUUGAAGGGAGAAAUUCAGCCCCAACAAAUCCUGAACUGGUCACAUUAUGUUCAGAGUUCCUUAACGGUGGGACAGACACAACAGCAACAGCAAUAGAAUGGGCCAUAGCAAGAAUAAUUGAAAACCCAAGUAUACAAUCAAGAUUGUACGAAGAAAUCAAAAACACAGUUGGGGACAACAAAAAAGUUGACGAAAAGGACAUAGAGAAAAUGCCAUAUUUAAACGCAGUAGUAAAAGAAUUAUUACGUAAACAUCCUCCUACGUACUUUUCGCUGACUCAUGCAGUAAUUGAGCCAGCUAAAUUAGGUGGGUAUGACAUACCCACCGAUGCGAAUGUGGAGAUAUUCCUACCCGGAAUAUCUGAUGACCCGAAGUUAUGGUCCGAACCCGAGAAGUUUAACCCGGAUAGGUUCUUUUUGGGUAAGGAGGAAGCUGAUAUUACUGGUGUGACGGGUGUGAAGAUGAUACCGUUUGGUAUGGGUCGGAGGAUUUGCCCCGGUUUGAAUAUGGCGACUGUUCAUGUGAGCUUGAUGUUGGCCCGAUUGGUUCAAGAAUUCGAAUGGUCCGUUUACCCAGAAAAUACCAAAGUGGAUUUUAGUGAAAAGUUGGAAUUUACUGUGGUGAUGAAAAAUACUCUAAGAGCUAAGAUUAAGCCUAGAAUGUAAGCGGGUUUUUAUGCUUAAAGAUAGUUUAAUAUAUUUCCUUAUUUAUUUUUGUUGAAAAUGUUUUUUCGCUUUUUUGGG